AUGGCUGACGACCUUGGCGGUGCUGUCGACCGCGCCGAGGGUAUCAGCGAGGCGCCCGGACUCAACACGGCAGGCCCCGCCAGCAGCGGUUGUUUGGCCGUGGCCGUGCCGGAGCCGCCCGCCAGGGGCGGAGCAGUGGCCGGCGUGAGGCGGAGGAUCUCCGGCAAGCGGUGCCACCAGGGCGCCGCGUCGGUGCCAGCGGGCGCCGCGGGAACGCCGCGCGGCGGCCCGCGGGCUGGCAAACUCGGCGGUGAGAGGCAGGAGGUGGUGCCCGGGGCCCCGGUGCCGCUGCGGACGCUGGUCAUCAACCUGGAUCAAAGGCAGGACCGCUGGAGGGGAGUGCGCGGGAGGCUGGGGCCACUGCAGUCCGCCGGCUGCCUGAGCGUCGAGCGCCUGCCCGCCACCGAUGGCCGUUGCGCCGCCUCGCAGGUGCCAGCCUCUGACGUAGCUCACGAGUGGACCACGGACCGCAACGCGAGAUAUGAUGGGCGUAAAGGCUACCGUGCUGGGGUGCGGUUGCAGCUCACGCCAGGUGAGCGAGGCUGCGCCAUGUCUCACGUGCGGGCUUGGCGGGAGGUCGCCGCGGGAUCGUGCGCAGGAGAUCUCGAGCAGCCUGUUCUGAUUCUGGAGGACGACGCGGUGCCAGCCGAGGCCUUCUGCAGGAGGCUCCCCCAGCUCUUGCGCAGGACCCCCUCGGACGCCGACGUGCUCUACCUGGGCUACAUCAAGGGCGCGCCCUGGAGGUCCAAGGUUGCCCCCGGCCUGUACGAGGCGGAGUACCUCUGGACCACAGUGGGUUAUGUAUUGUGGCCGCGUGGUAAGCUCGUCAGCUCGCUACCAGUGGACCAGCCGGUUGACAAUUGGAUGGGGUGGCUCUCUGCAGUCAGGCGGUUACGGGCGUUUGCUGUGGCGCCUGCCCUGGUAAGCCAAGAGCAGGAGUGGGAUCUCGGCUCAGACGUGCGACACUCGGACGACGCAGUGUUCGACGCUUGA